UUAUUUGUGACAUUCACUCGAUUUGGCCUUCCAUCCCAUAGAUUGCAAUGGAUUAUCGCUCGGAAUGGGAUCUCGAUCUGAUGACGUCGACUGGGUAGAGGUGGAGCAGGCUGUGCAGAUUUCACCUUGAAAGGGUUCAUUAAGACAGGAGGCGUUGCUUCUUAAAUCUUUUCCUUGGAAACAAAAAUGAGUAGCAGCCUGAGGGAUCCGUCUACUCACUCCAACAACGAUGACUCCCCAAUUGAACCCAAAUAUCUGCGGUGCAGCAACUUGAACAUGCCCCUGCUCGCCAGUGAAUUCUUCAAAAGUGAAUUACAGUUGUAUCUUGAUGGCUUAACAUCCGAGACGUGGGACUUAAUAGAAUAUGGGCAUUUUGAUUGCAAUGCUUUCAUGGUGCUAUUGAAAAUGUGGCAAAGCAUCCUAUACAAAAUCUCCCAAGAGGUGCUGAGUGUUGUGUUGCCUCAGGUGGAAGAGCAUGCCCAGAUCCUAGUGAAUGGUUGUGACUCUCCACAACAGGCGCUCAACUACUCCUGUGUGACCGUGGAUGAUAUCCACGCAUGCAUUUGGGACUCGCUUCUGUUGGCUCUCAAAGACACAAUAAACGCCGGAGAGAUUAGGUCUCCAUGCGGCGAUCACCUGUUGGAGUUGGUCGCGGCCAAAGUGUCCAAGACUGUGAACUCCGCACUGUCCGAAAUGUCAUCGCAGCUCGACUCUGCGCCGCACCUGGACGUGCCUCAUCAGGUGUCUGAAAUCGGCGAAAUAGCUUUGCAAUCAAUCUCAGUACUCAGGGAUUGCCUGGAAAACAUGAGGAUGGCGGGUCGAUAUGGAAUUGAAGAGGACUGCGCGGGCAGCGAGUCAUCGGAAGACGCAACGAACGUCUUGGUGGCUCCUCUUCCCACUCCUGUGCAAACGCGCGACAAGGCGGCAACGCACAUUCACGCUCAGACUCCCACUGAGGCGCACACAAAGACAGGAAACACGUGCCUUCACCCGCCAGCUGAAACAUGGACAAAGAAAGAAAACAUAUUUUGUACUGUGUUCUUGUGGAAGCUGAUGGACCAUAUUGCCGCCUCGAAUGCCAAGUCGGUGCUGGAGAUGGACAUUGACUGGAUGCUAGCACAGCUAAAGAGCACCGUGGUCGAAACACGCCCCAACCACCCGCAGAACAUUGGCGACUUCCACAUUGACAUUUACAAGGACCUCUGUCAGGAAUUUGGUUCGAAGGAGCGCCUGUAUUUUUCUAUGGUGUGCUGCCAACUUGUUUUUGUAGAAGCUCUUGCAAGGGCUUUGAAAAACCAUCUCCAGGCACCCAAAAAAAAGGACUUUUUUACGGUAGUUAAGAAUUUUUUUAGGAAAAGGACUGCAAAAGUCUCUCUGGCCUGUGAGCAUGGACGGGCCAGGUUGCUGGCUUCUACCAAUACCAGGAAACUGACAUAGGACCAAGACUGAAGGAUUCUAAAUUGUGCUUCCUGUGAGAAAGCCAAAUCACAGGAAUGUUUAUCAGUGCAGGCUGGGGUCACUUUAUUGGUUCAGCAGCUAAAUCCAUAAAUACUUUGUCGGAUCAGACUUUGAAAACGGCUAAAGAUUAGAGUUGUCUCUAACCUUGAGGAUUGACACCCUGCCUGCUAAAAUCUCCUGGUGAUGCCUCCUAAAAGGCCAACUGUCAUAGUGCAGGUGCGAGGAUGCAGUGUAGGGCGGUUGCAGGGCCAGCACAGAGUUGCUCGGGAUCAGUCUCGCCCACUUGCUCGGUAGCAGUGUGGUAGACGCACUUUACAUAGACAAAUAAAAAACACACACGCUCUUCUUA